GCCUCCCCCACAAUGCACCGCGACCUGCAGCCUUUGAAAAAGCGGCGCGGCUCCUUCAAGAUGGCGGAGUUGGAUCAGCUGCCUGACGAGAGUUCAUCAGCAAAAGCCCUAGUUAGUUUGAAAGAGGGAAGUUUAUCCAACACAUGGAAUGAAAAAUUCAGUUCUUUGCAGAAAACACCCAUUUGGAAAGGCAAGAAUGCAGGGGCCACAGUAGAAAUGCCUUUCAGAAGUUCAAAACGAAGUCGUUCUUUUUGUGAAGAGGAAGAAAGACAAAUGAAUACAAGAUCACCCAAAAGAAACCAGAGAGUUGCAAUGGUUCCACAAAAGUUUACUGUGACAAUGCCAACACCAGAUAAAAAGGCAUCGCAAAAGAUUGGAUUGCGACUUCGUAACUUAUUAAAACUCCCUAAAGCUCACAAAUGGUGUAUAUACGAAUGGUUCUACUCUAAUAUAGAUAAGCCACUAUUUGAAGGUGAUAAUGACUUCUGUGUUUGUCUGAAAGAAUCAUUUCCAAACCUGAAAACCAGAAAGUUAACAAGAGUGGAAUGGGGAAAAAUCAGGCGAUUGAUGGGAAAGCCACGAAGAUGUUCUUCUGCAUUCUUUGAAGAGGAAAGGUCAGCAUUAAAGCAGAAACGGCAAAAAAUUAGACUUUUGCAACAGCGAAAGGUGGCAGAUAUAUCUCAAUUUAAAGAUCUUCCAGAAGAAAUUCCAUUGCCACUAGUCAUAGGAACAAAAGUUACAGCACGAUUACGUGGUGCUCAUGAUGGACUCUUCACUGGACAGAUAGAUGCUGUUGACACUCUUAAUGCUACUUACAGAGUAACAUUUGAAAGGACAGGGCUUGGAACACAUACAAUCCCAGAUUAUGAAGUCCUCAGUAAUGAACCUCAUGAAACCAUGCCAAUUGCUGCCUUUGGACAGAAACAACGACCUUCUAGAUUCUUUAUGACUCCUCCUCGAUUACAUUAUACGCCAUCCCUCCAGUCACCAAUUACAGACAGCGAUCCUUUACUGGGACAGUCAUCAUGGAAAAACAAAAUUUCAAGCUCUGAUAGUGAGACAUUAGGUGGCUUUCCAGUUGAAUUUCUUAUCCAAGUGACUAGAUUAUCAAAAGUCCUUAUGAUCAAGAAGGAGCAUAUUAAACAGUUAAGGGAGAUGAACACAGAAGCAGAAAAAUUGAAAUCCUAUUCUAUGCCUAUAGGAAUUGAAUUUCAAAGAAGAUACGCAACUAUUGUUUUAGAUCUUGAGCAGCUGAACAAAGAUCUAAACAAAGUUUUGCAUAAAGUUCAACAGUAUUGUUAUGAGCUUGCUCCAGAUCAAGGUCUCCAGCCAGCAGACCAUCCCACAGAUCUGAGACGAAGAUGUGAAGAAGAAGCUCAUGAGAUUGUCAGACAGUCAAAUACAUCAGCAACUGGACAGCCUUGUGUUCAAAAUGAAAGCCUGACAGAUUUGAUUUCUAGACUUACAGCAAUAUUACUACAAAUUAAGUGUCUGGCAGAAGGAGGUGAUCUAAAUUCCUUUGAGUUUAAGUCAUUAACAGAUUCAUUAAAUGACAUCAAGAAUUCCAUAGAUUCCACGAAUAUCAGUUGUUUUCAGAAUAAUGUCGAGAUCCAUGUUGCACAUAUUCAGAGUGGCCUCAGCCAGAUGGGAAAUUUACAUGCCUUUGCUGCAAAUAACACCAACAGAGACUGAGAAAAGUGUUUACCUUAUUCCAAGUGUACAGAAUGUAGUUGUGGAAACGCCUUCUUAAAUAAGCUUCACCAAAUAUCCUAACUGCUGGAAGAUCAACAAAAUGGAGAAGGGUAUUUUGAGAUCAGCUGAACUGCUUCUGAAGAAUCCAGCAUAAAAUUACCAGCAUUGCUACAGACUUCAUCACUUGCUAUGCACAUACAUUAUCUUGUUUUAACAGCUAACCUUUAGUUAUGAAAAUAUAUAUGUUGUUUUAACUAAAAGUUAUACAGAAAUUUUCAUAUAAAGUAAGAAUACUUUAUUUUAAAUUUUGUUGCUGCAGAUUCUUUCAACUAAUAACACGUUUUGAAAACUGUGUAAAGAAAGUGACAAGAUGAGGGAUUGUAUUAACAAUCUCUUGUCCUAAUACUAAGUCCUAGGUACAUUGUUACCUAGUGCUGGUGUCUUACUGCCCUUUGAUUUUAGACCCUUAACAGUGUGGUGACUAAGCAGUAUGUGCAUUCCUCUUAUUGGGAAGUAGCAGCAGAGUGGGAUAUACAAAAGAGUGGUAGUGGGUAGAUAGCUAUAGCUAUUGUACAUUUGUGGAUAAUGGGAGUCCCUGUAAAUCAGUUAAUAUCUUUGAAAAUUUUAAUUUAUAGUAACUUAUAAAAGUAAUCUAAUGAAGGAGUAGAAAAGGACUGCUGAAUUCCCAGACACAAAUAUGACCUGCAUUUCCUGCUCCAUAAUGGGCAGAAGAUGUUCUAAUUGAAAUAUUUCACACAGAUUACUGGUAAUACAUUGAUUAGUUUGCACAAUGUUUAACUUAAAUAUCUGACUAUCAAGCAGUUAACAGAGUUUUACAAUGCAAUUGGAUAGUCAGUCCUCUAAACUGCCUAAAUUUUUUUAAACAUAAAGACUUCAGGAGUAUGCAGAAACGUCAAUCUUGUAGUAAGGGUGUAUUGAGUUGUUUAUUUAGUAUAGUCCUGUAAAGCUUCAGUGUAAUAAAUUGUUUCAAAAUUUGAAUUUUCAGAUAGCUGUAGCAAUGUUCUGAUUUAUUGAUGCCUCAUAUAAUGAGGCCUUUUGUACGUUAAUGUAUAAAGAAAAUGUAAACAAUUAUUUUCAAUUUAAAAUUUUCUAUAGUUUUAAAAAUGCUUCUGUAUUCUGUGUCUGUAUUUGUGCUGCUUCAAAAUUUAAAUGCAGAGUCUAUAUUUAGCAAACCCUGUUCUUUUAAGAAAUGCAUAAAUCUUUUAUUCUCAUUGACUUAUGUAAGUUGCAGUGUUUUACAAAAAUUGCAAAAUAUUUUAAACACGAACGCCUGGAAUACUUUUUAACUACUUGCUGUUUUCAAAAAUGCAUUUGGCAUAGUAAUGUGGAGGAAGUGGGGUGGAGAAGGUUUGAAUGCUUUUUAUAUAUUACUUUGUCCAUGAAAUGUGGAUGGUUUCCUUAAUUGAUU